AUGCCAAUCCCAACACGAUCGCUAUCAGUUCGUGAACCACAGAGAAAACAAGCGGUCAACGGAGACUCAACAUCGUCGUUGUCACCCAUCAAACAAUCACUGUUACCGCUCGGCAGUCGAAGCUCAGGGUCCAGACGACUAACCACCAGCUCGGAGAUCUUACAAUACGAAAGCAGUAGCGGACUUGGAAUUACAUAUGGGAACGGAAACGGCGGUGGAAGCAACAAUGGCAUACCGGAGAAGAAGAGCUUUCUGCCCCAAAGGCGAACGAUCCCUAGGCCGCAGAGUCUACAACUACCGCAGUCAACGGUACAAAGCGCGAGGUCAAGACAGCCGGGGGAGAGCCGAUUAGAAGCUAUUAAAACUACAAGGACUGCGCCGUUACCUUCUGAGAGUGCAAAAUCACGUCCAAGUUCCAGAGCCAGGUCACCCACGAAGCCGAAACCAGAACUUAAACGAGCCCUGGCCAAACCUCCCAAAUCUGCACCGCCGGCGAGACAAAUGCGCUCCUCGUCACUGCUUCACCCAACUGCGCCAAAGCUAGUCAAUAUUGCUUCGCAUGCGAGGCAUCAAAGCCAGAUAAUCAAUCUCGACACGGCAAAAUCGAGGCCGCAGUCAAGUGGCAGACCUAGCUCGUACUACCCUCCUGGGUCAAAGCUAGCAGGUGCUCCAUCACCAACAUAUCAAGCGCGGUUUGGUCUUAAGCCCUCCAAAAGCACUACAAACUCACCGGAGACGCUUUUUGAAAACCCCUCGCCUUCGCCCACCCCUCCCGAAGACCAACCGUCCCCAGAACAGACACUUGCAUUACAAACAGAGCUUCUACAACUUCACGUUUUGCACUCACAGGGUCUUCAGACAAAAGCCAAAUGGGAAGCUCAUGCCGAAAGGCAUUAUAGGAAGCUGCACGAGUCGGUUAGGGCGAGUUAUAGGCGGGAACAAGAGAGAUAUAAGUACCAGAAUCUUCAAGCUGUCAAGAAGUUUGAAGAGAAAUCUAGGAGCUCGAGUAGUGGACACGAUUUUGAUAUUCAAAUGGGGAUACUCUCACGAGUUAUCCAGGAGGUAACUCAUCUUACAGAGUCAGAGGACAGCCAGUAUAAUACUGUCGUUGGAGUCUUCGAAGAAUGGACCCAACAUGUUGCCAAGCUCAAGCAGUGCAGGGAAUUAAAGGAUGAUGGCGAGGUAAACAGAGAUAAGCUUCUGUCAAACAUUGACGAAGAUGGGGAGCUGCAAUUCAUCGACCCCUUACCUCCACAAUGGAAGGAGGACAUUGCAGCGUUAUCGGUGCAACUCUCCCAGCUGGCUGGUAACCUGGAUGAUCUGGACGUACCCAAGACGGCUGAUACAGACAAGUUUGGCAGGCCAGUAGACUACUCUGAUUCUGCUCUACUGAAGACUGUUACCGGGCAUAAAUCCCUGGUAUCUUCGAUGAUCGAGGAGUUGGAUAUGAUUUACAACAUUGAAAUGGAGAUUAUGGAAUUCGAAAUCUUGUGGAUGGAGCGCGCACUGGAGAGUGUUGGGGGUAUGACUGAGUUAUGA